AUGGCGGCGCCCCUUCCCUCCAUGAAAUUUUGGAAACCCGGGUCAGACAGCCCUAGUGUGUCUGAAGAGAGGGAUCUGACCACCGAGACCAUCAGCUGUCCUGUUAUCUAUAACCCCCACAACACACUGUCUAUCGAGAAGCAGAGACAGAAACUGCCGGUCUUCAAGCACAGAAACCAUAUCCUGUACCUGGUUGAAAGCUACCAGACGGUGGUGAUUGUUGGUGAGACAGGGUGUGGGAAAAGCACUCAGAUUCCCCAGUAUCUGCUAGAGGCCGGAUGGGCAGCAGAGGGAAAGGUGAUUGGGGUGACCCAGCCUCGCAGGGUGGCAGCUAUUUCAAUUGCGAGUCGAGUAGCGGAGGAGCGGGGUGCCCUUCUGGGCCACGAGGUGGGCUACAGCAUCCGAUUCGAGGACUGCUCUGACCCCCAUGCCUCCCGGAUAAAGUUUCUGACAGACGGAAUGCUGAUUCGGGAAAUGAUGGCCGACCCCUUGCUGAAGAAGUACAGUGUCCUGAUGCUGGAUGAGGCCCACGAGAGGACGCUGUACACAGAUAUAGCCAUCGGCCUGCUGAAGAAGAUUCAAAGGAAACGGCGAGAUCUUCGGUUGAUCGUGGCCUCGGCCACCCUCGAUGCUAAGAAAUUCCAAGAGUUCUUCAACCUGAACGAGACGGGCGACCCGACCAAAGACACCUGUGGCAUCCUUACGGUGGAGGGACGCACGUUCCCUGUGGAUGUGUUUUACACGGUCAGUCCUGUUCCUGAUUACGUAAAGGCGACAGUGGAGACUGUGUUGAAAAUCCAUGAAACGGAGGAUGAUGGCGAUGUUCUGGCCUUUCUCACAGGACAGGAGGAGGUAGAGAAAGUAGUGUCCAUGUUAGUGGAGCAGGCCCGGUCCUUGUCCCGUUACGGUAUGAAGAAGCACCUACGUGUCCUUCCCAUGUAUGCCGGCUUGCCAUAUGCUGAGCAGAUGAAGGUCUUUGAGAGAGUGCCCCCUACUGUGCGGAAGGUGAUCGUUGCGACUAAUAUCGCCGAGACCUCCAUCACCAUCAACGGGAUUGUUUUUGUCAUCGACUGUGCGUUCGUCAAACUACGGGCCUACAAUCCGAAGACGGCCAUUGAGUCUUUGGUGGUGAUGCCCAUUUCCAAGGCCUCCGCAAGUCAGCGGGCCGGCAGAGGGGGGCGCUACCGUUCUGGAAAGUGCUUCCGCCUCUACACAGAGGAGGAUUACGAGAAGCUACCUGCGUCCACUGUGCCCGAGAUGCAGCGCACAAAUCUGGCCCCAGUGAUCCUGCAGCUGAAAGCCCUGGGCAUUGACAACGUCCUCCGCUUCAGCUUCCUCUCACCUCCGCCAGCCCAGUCUAUGGUCCAGGCCCUGGAGCUUCUCUAUGCGCUGGGUGGCCUGGACCAGUACGGGCGUCUGACUGACCCAAUGGGCGUGCACAUGGCUGAGUUCCCCCUGGGGCCCAUGUUUGCCAAGAUGCUGCUGGAGUCAGGCAACUUCGGAUGCUCCAAGGAGAUCGUGACCAUCGCGGCCAUGAUGCAGAUCCAGAACAUCUUCGUCUCACCGCCCAAUCAGAAGAAAGCAGCUGCACGAGAACAUAGGAAGUUUGCAGUUGCUGAAGGAGACCACCUCACCAUGCUGAACGUCUACGAGGCCUUCAUCAAGCACCAGAAGAGCUCCCAGUGGUGCCAAGAACAUUUUCUUAACUACAAGGGUCUCCUCCGGUCAGUAACGGUCCGUGAGCAGUUACGGCGACUCAUGAAUAAGUUCAAGGUUCCUCGUACCUCCAGCGAAGGUGACCCUGAUGUCAUCCUAAGAUGCAUCGUUUCGGGAUUCUUCGCCAAUGCCGCCCGAUUGCACCAUUCCGGAUCAUACAGGACCCUGCGGGACGACCGGGAGCUCCACAUCCACCCCAGCUCAGUUCUUUAUGCCGAAAAGCCCCCAAAAUGGGUGGUCUACAAUGAAGUGGUGCAGACUUCCAAGUACUUCAUGCGUGACGUGACCGCGGUGGAGUCCUCCUGGUUGGUGGAGCUGGCACCACACUUUUACAAGCAGGCCAAGCACGGGUCGCUGGGCAGCAAAAGAGCCAAGGUCAUCUGAGCGGGGGUGCCGCAGCCCGCUGCCCCCACGCAGCUGCCCUGGCCGCGGGCCGCGCCUGCGGGGGCAGGUAGAUGGGUAGUUGGCUCUGCCUUCAGCGUUCGGGCAACACGCACCGAAGAGCGGAGCGGAGGGAAUAACCGCUAUGGGGGCAGCAGGCGUGCGGAGGAGAGGGGGACAAGUCCACCAACACUGUGCUCCAUCUGUGUUUAGAUAGAGGUGUAGGUGUUUAUUUAUUUCCUCACCCCCCCGCACACCUGUAUAUAGACACAGGGCAGGUUCGGAUCUGGCCGAGGGGGCCCUCUGUGUCAGCCGGAUGCCAAGCUCUGUAUUUAUUUUUAAUUUUUUAUUUUAUUUUUUUUUUUUUGAGUUGUGGGACAGCAAGGUAUGCACACCGGGAAUGGGAAGGAGCCCCCAUGUAAUCAUUUCUUUAAAAACACACACACACACACACACACACACACACACACACACACAAGGUUCGACAGCUUGGGCUUGAGAAUCCGCACCUGUGACCUCAGGUUUCCUGCCACCUAGCAUCAGUAUCCGAGAAGUUAGACGACAGGAGAACUCAUUUUAACAGAAGCUGAGUAAACUGUGAGCCAACGCUUUCUGUUCUGACACCUUUAAAUUAGGAUUUCUUUUGUCUGCUGGGCAAGUUCUAGUCAUCAUCGUCCCUUAGCUUAAAUUCUGAGGCCUUUAACCAUUAUGUGCCAAAUUUAAUUGAACCAUACUUGCGAUUUUAAUAGAUGGAAUGUGUAAACACUGUGAAUUGUAUCACUGUUACAUUCUUAUAAACCCGUGGAACAGAAAUAAGCCAUAAUUUGUUGCUUUUUUUUCAUCGUGUUCCCCACAUGUUAUGUGAUCCAUUGAUUUUUAACCUGUUAACUUUCUUAGUUAUUAUACGGACAACCUUUGUGUGUGGGUGGAUUACAAAGCUUCCAGGAAGAACGUAGCCUUGAGUGACAGGUUUCUGAGAGCAAAUAUAACGGUGUUGUAUUCCACUAAAACCUGCUUUCAUUUCAGUAAGGUUACUGUUAUAACUUUAUUGAUAAAUGCUCGCAUGGUUGUAUAUUGAUUGUUGUCCUAUAUUAGGCUAGAUUUAACUGUUGUUAAACACACAGGAGUACUAAGGAAAAUGUCAAACAAAGCCGCUAAAUAAAUAUACAGUCCAAUGCUCUUGCAUGAUAAGUAAAACUGAUUACAACUAAUGAACAACUCUAGUUUAUUAACCUAGUCGACUGCAAGAAGUAAAUGUAACCUGUAACCUGUACUCAGCCUAAAUGUAGCUCAAGUUAUGAAGUUCCUGUUCUGUAAGGCUCAUCUCCCAAGGUCUGUCCAGAACAUCCUGAAAUAAAGCUGUGAGAUACCAGUA